UUAUGUAAUGCAUGUGUCAUUGUUAUAAAAUGUUCAUUUACAUGAGCAUCCUUGGCUCUCUGAGGGGGGGGGGAACAUAACUUCCCAACUCUGACGUGGGGAGGUGGAAGCAGUAUUGUGAAUCGGAGCAUGGGGGCUAAUACAGAUUUCUGUUUUAAUAUGUCUGCAUUUGAUUUGUGAGACCCACACAAAGGUGAAGGGUAGUGUGACGAAUUUAAAACUGGACAAAACAGAGGCCCGGGCAGUCAUAAAGUAUCUGCAAAAGAAAACUAUGACACCCAUGGAAAUCCAUGAGGACAAGGUACAGACACUUGCUGAGGACUCCCCUUCCUAUGCAACUUUGAGCAAGUUCACCGUGCAGACCUGGAUGACAGACUCUUACUGCCAAGCAUAGAGAGUCAAUAAGCAUUAGUUCUGGUCAGUCAACACUGCUUUAACUGAGAUCUUGAAGAUGAGCAAGCUUUCUGCAAGAUGGGUCCCAAGAAUGCUGACAUCAAAACAUUUCUUUUUCCAAUCUCCUCAAUCCCCUUUCUUUGAGUUUAACAAUUACUCUUUUUUCUUUCAUCUGAUGUGACUUCAGUAUCCCAUAUUUUCCAGAAUAUCUUACUUCUACUUCCUUCUUCAUACAUGGCCUGGUGCGUUUGCAUUGCUGGAUGGCUUCCUUUACUUUAAGGUCUUAUUCACGUUCAGGGAAGUUGGCUAGUACUGGUGGUCGGUUUUCUCUACCCCAACCUUCCCUGAUCCUCUACAGCUGCACCGAAUUGGGGAAGUUCGCUUGUAUCUCUGGGGUAUUAAAGUGCACAUCCGAGUUCUGACUUCCUAACCACUUGGCCAUCCUCUUCUCUUUUUGCAGAGAGCAAACCUUCACUGGGUGUACAGUUGUCAGCGUGGAUAUCUGCCUUUGUCAGGAAACAUUAUUUACUCACAGCUAAUCAACCUCACAAUUGUUUUUUGGCAGGGACGUUUGAAGAUUUAGUUUUGCUCAGCCUCUUGUGAAAUAUUUUUGUACAGUUCUAACGGAUUUGCAGCUGCACUAAAAUGAUCUUGAUGUCAUGGAUACUGCUUCUGCUCAUAUCUUCCUGGCAAAUUUUGGCUGCGCCUCAGGAUUCUUGUAGAAAACCAAACAAGAUUUGUUGCAGUAAAAUUCCAGAGGAGACAAACAAUGCCUCAAGAGAGAUAAAUGAUACAUCUGAAGUCAGUAGCAUUAGAAGUUCUAGCUGCCCCUUUGAGGGAGAAUUAAAAACGGAGAAUUAUAUUUGUAAGAAAAUUAGUCCAACAGAGAAUUACACCAUUGUUUCUGGAACGCAUAGACGUGGCAAGGGGCAUUUGAAGCUUAAACAUAAAAGGAAUCUUCGCACAGAAUGUAAAUGUGAUCAUCGAUGCGAAGAAGAAACAACGAUCAUCUCAUGUGGGAAAUGCACACAUAACAAAGAGAAAGCCCAGGAAGACAGUUCGUGGUCCAAGGCGACCUUCGGAAUCGUCAUCGGAGCCAUUGUUGUUGGUGUUGGUGUUGUCUUUAUUGUGAUCUGCAGAAGGAGAAUAAAGCGAUCCAGGGGAGACCAGAAUGGCGAAUCCCAGAGGAACAUCAAGAGAAGAUGUGAAGAGGAGAGAGCGUUCUCAGAGCGUUUACAAUACACAUUCGCCAAGGACCUAGAUUCUGCUUCUGGAACUUACAGUCUCCCAUACGAUCAGAUGGCGGUCAGGAGACACUACAGACCCCUGAGGCAAUCAGCCCAAGCGGCCCAAGAUUUCCAGCUACAGCCUUUCAUUCAUCGGCCUUUCGAAGACGACAACAAAGACGAGACUUACACUGAAAUCAUUGAACUUGACACAAAGUGUGAUUCACGACACCAGACACACUACAACGCCAUCUUGCACCAGGCUGGUGACAUCACUUUUCUCGAGACAGAAUGUAGUAGAGGAGGGGACAUCGACAGAGAUUGUUACAACAGACUUGGUUGUCAAGGUAACGAAGAUAAGCUCACAGACCACGUGUCAACUGGUAAAGAGAACUAUGGACGUCUUCACCGUCCCACUCAAGCACGACUGUCUGGCGGGUACAACAGGACGAACACAGCAACAGACGUCCACAUCCCCUCCAUCAAGAUCGAAGGAGAGCCUGCCCAUGAUGACACUCUUCCUGACACCAGUACCUGUUGCACAAACUGCGAUAGCCAUACUUCUGCUUACCAUACUCCAUAUGACAACAGUCUUCUUGACCUGACUCUUUCUAAAGAGACCCAGCCUGAACAUGGUUUCCCGGACCACACAAUCCAUAACACCAUUCCCAAUGAUGCCACUCUACCAUAACCUGACAGUACUCUACAUCACCCUGACGAUGAACUUCUGGCGAAGGUCGGGUGGUGCUCGAUGGAAAAUGGUUUGACAGUUCCGGUUGAUGAUAAGAAGAGCAACCAAGGGGUUCCAAGGAGUAAUAAUAAUGAACAGAUCAUUGAUGCUACUUGACUUGAUUUUGCUUAAAAUGCAACAUAAGACAUGUAUUUUGUGGUUUGAACCAAAACAACGUAUUUAUAUAUGAAUAAUAAGUGUGAUUCUUGAAGAUGGAAAGACUAUUCUGGUAAAACUGCAACUUACAGGAAGUUAUAUCAUGAAUUUUAUCCGCGUGGUCCUUUUAGUUUCAGGGUAUAAAAAGUUUUCUUGCUCUUACCGAUGUUACUCACAUAUCUGAAUGAUCUCACUAGGCAACUUCACUAGUAAAUAGUCUGUGUAAUGAGCUUUUAUAAGAAAUACCUUAAAAAGUAAGUAUAUAGUCAUUGAUACAAUAUUACACUAAUUAUAUUUUAGAAUGUUCAGUGUGUAUGAUAGUAACCUGUAAAUAAGUAAUUUAUAUCUCUUUGUGUGCUUUUUUCAAUCGACAGAGAACUCUUGGGCACAUGAAAAUCCAAGAGUAAGACUACUCUGUAGUGCUACAUUAAAAUGUACG